AUGAGACAACCAAAACUCCCGUAUUUUUGGAAAUAUCCUGUAAAUCCCGAUGUGAAGUCUGAAAAUGAUGAUAUCAAAGACUGCACGGAUCGCUUACCCCAUACACUUACCGUUCGCAAUUUUGAUAUUUUUUGUUCAAUUUUCUCAGUUGCUUCAUAUUUGGCCGACAUUGGCAGUGACGCUAUAGCUGCUUAUAUUUAUUACUGUGAACAUCAAAUGUGGGCAUUCAUAUUCAUUACUGUCUUUACUGUUUUACCUUCUCUUAUAUUAAAUGUUGUUUCAUUCUUAUGGUGGAUUGACGAUGUUUCUGCACAUGCUGCGCGAGGAAGAAUAAAGCACACAUAUUCAAAACAGUUAAUUUUCCGCAUUGCUCUGUGUUUUCUGCAGGUCAGUCCAGUAAUCUGGUAUGUGGAAGCAAUUCUAGCCGCAAUAAAAUUUCGAAUGGUUGAAAACAGAAGUGAAAAAUUGUCGUCAUAUACGGCUAUGAUUCAAGCAGAAAGAGAUGCGACGUUAUUGAGAUUUUUCGAGGCCUUUUUGGAAUCAGUACCUCAAAUGCUUGUACAGGGUAUUGCGUUGAUCCAUGCAUUUUAUUCACUGAAUUCAGCUAACAGUUUUCCUAGAUGGAUGUUGAUACAGAUGGUUUCAAUUUCAUUUUCUCUGCUGUCAUCUUGCUGGUCAUUUGUCAUUCAGCACCGGAGUUUAAGAUUGAGCCGACCUGAUAAAGAGAAUAUCACACCCAGUGGCGCUUUAAUCCAGCCAUUUGAAAUGGAAUCUAAUAGUAAAUCAGUGGAAGUGGGGUUGAUUGUAAUUUGUGCAGCUGUUCACUUUUUUGCUCCAUAUAACAUAGCUGAAGGCCGAUCACGUUACAGAUAUACUGUGGCGUACAGCAUUGAAGCAAUUGAAAUUGUUGUAUUGUUGAACAUCGCUGUGAAUAAUGAACACUGUAGUUUGCCGUAUAAAGAGUAUAUAGCGAUAGGAAUAUACCUCUUGUUUCUUGUAGGGAUUUUCUUUAUGCUUCUGUACUAUGGCUGUUUUCAUCCAAAUAUAGUGCAUUGUCGUGCAGGUGGUGUUCCAAGUCCUUGUGUACAAGCUUGUCAAAUAGGUCAAUUAUCUUCAAAUCAAAAUAUUCAAGAGUAA